AAUGAUAUCAGCAGGACGAACUUUUGAUCAAUCACCUAAAACUGAUGAAACGAAACGUCGUAGAAGAAGAACAUCGGAAAAGAAAAGAAAAAUAUGCGAUUAUAACGAUUUUGCUGAGUCUAAAGAAAUUUUAAAUGAUCGAUGGCUAAUAAAGAAAAAGCUGGGCGGUGGUGGAUUUGGUCAAGUUUAUGAAGUUGAAGAUAUAUCUACUAAUAUACGUGGAGCGUUAAAACUAGAACCAAUUGAAAGGAAACGAAUUGUUCUUAAAAUGGACGAAAGAGUACUUUCCGAUUUAAAAGAUCAGAAUCAUAUUUGCGAACUAUUUGCCAGGGGAAAAACCAAAAUGUAUUAUUUUAUAAUCAUGUCGCUUAAAGGAAAGAACUUGGGUCAAUUAAGAAAAGAGCAAAGUGGUCAAAGGUUCACGCUGUCCACAACUAUUAGGAUAGCAAAGCAAACAUUAGCAGCUUUAAGAGUUGUACACGAUGGAGGCUAUAUUCACAGAGAUGUUAAACCAACAAAUUUUGCGAUAGGACUACCUCCUCAUGAAAAAGUCAUCUACGUCCUUGAUUUUGGUUUAUCGAGACGCUUCUUAAGAAAUACUAUUGAAUUUGAUAAAAUUUCAACUCAUACAAAAACUUGUUUCAGACAUCAGCGAAGCAGACCUUCAUUUAGAGGAACAAUUAAAUAUGCUUCGCUAAAUAUUCACAGACGAAAUGAAGCUGGAAGAAGGGAUGACUUAUAUAGCUGGUUUUAUAUGAUAAUUGAAUUCCUUAAUGGUAAUCUUCCAUGGAGACAGUUAUAUGAAAAAUACGAUAUCGAAGAUGCAAAAGAGCAUUUCCACGAGCAAAGGGAACCAAUGAUUCAUCUACCAAAACAUUUCCAUACCAUACUUGAUCAUAUUGAAUCGCUCAAAGAUUAUAAAGAUAGGCCCAAUUACGAUUUUAUACUAGCACAUUUAGAAACUAUUCAAACUAACUAUGGUGUAAGUGAUAAUGAUCCGUUCGAUUGGGAAUUGAAAUCGAAAUUUUUAUUCAAUUUUCCAAACGCAUCUCACAUAAAAAAUAGAUUAAAAAAGAGAAAAAAGUCUAAAAUCAAUCGAAACGAAUUCACAUCUUUUGAAAGUUCAUAG